AUGCUCAAGGACAACGUUGCUCUAAGUCAAGAAUGGAGAAACAAGAGAGAUGGAGAGAGAAAAGAACGAGAAACAGACAAAAGAAAACAGAAGAAAAAUAGAGAGGGGAAAAAUACAAUUAAUAGAGAAAAAGACCAAAAGGUAACAAAAGAGAAUGAAAAAAGGAAGAAGAAGAAGACCACCACUGACACCAGAGGAAUAAACAAGGCAAGAGAGAGCGAAGGGAGAGAGACUGAGCGAAAGAGAAAAAGAAGGAGAGAGAUAAAGAGAGAGAGAGAGAGUGCAAGCGUGAAGUGCAGCCUUCACACCAGGCAGCUGCUCUUACUCACCCACAGGAGAGAGCAGGCGAGGAAAGAGAGAGAAAGAGAUAGAGAGGGGGGAAAGAAAGCGAUAAAAACAGAGACAGGAUGAAAA